CUUCAGCCCCGGCCCCGCCGCGGCGCUGCGCCUGGCCGCCGUCUCUCAUCUCCAGUGCUCCAUUGUCCCGCCCCGCCCCGCCCUGCCACCACCGUCUCCCAUCUCCACCAUACUGCCGCCCAGCUCCACCUCGCCCAGCCACCGCUGACUCCUGCCGCCAUUGGGGACUCCUCUCGCUGCCCCUCACUCAGUAUAAUCCUCCCGCCUCUUCCCGUUUCCAUCGCGAUACAGCCUCGGAGCCUCCAAAUAUGAAGCCGCCUGAUCUCCGUCUACGGUGCCAAACCGAAGCACGCCGCCUCAAGAUCCACCUGGAGGGAUUUCUUCCGUUGGUAUGAUGUUCUCAAUUUUUAUCAAUACAUGGUGAUAUCGAGGUAGAAGGUUUUCGCACUACCAAGGAUUCAAAGACCCUCUGCUUGUUCCUGCUAGAAAAGGCACAGGCAAAUGGUUCCCGCAGGAGAGAAACACACGGCUGGAGAACAUGACAUGGAGACUGGAACCUCGUCAGGAAGAAUAAAAUGAGAAGCCAUUGGUGUAGGGAGGACCCAACGCCUGCACGGCAGCUCCGACCAGAAAGGAAACCCAACAAAAUACUAGAAGAUCCCUUCCUGCACGCGAGGUUUCUGGGUUCUUCGCCGCCACCGAAGAUAGAGAGGCGCGCACCGGUGCGAGGAGAGGUUGGCGCUGGUUCUUGGUUCCUCUGCCUGCUUCUCUCACUACCUCCAAGUUGUUUCUGCAGUUUAAUUGGCAUGGCUGCUGAAUGCGAGAGUGGCAACUGUCAUGCUUGGGCAGCAAAAGAUCCUUCUGGAACACUCUCUCCAUACAAAUUCAAUCGCAGGACUGUACAGAGUGGUGAUAUUUCUUUGAGGAUCACACAUUGUGGAGUCUGUUAUGCUGAUGUUAUCUGGACAAGGAAUCAGCACAAUGACUCGGUGUACCCUUUAGUCCCUGGGCAUGAGAUAGCUGGAGUUGUAACUGAAGUUGGAUCAGACGUCAAUGGGUUUAAAGUGGGCGACCAUGUAUGUGUUGGGACAUAUGUGAAUUCAUGCCGGGAUUGCGAGAACUGCAAUAGCUUCCUUGAGAACCACUGCUCAAAAUUUGUUUUCACUUUCAAUGGUGUUGAUACAGAUGGUACUGUCACCAAGGGAGGAUACUCAGGUCACAUAGUAGUUCAUGAAAGGUACUGCUAUAAAAUACCUGAUGGCUACCCAUUGGAAAAGGCAGCACCUUUAGUUUGUGCCGGAAUCACUGUGUAUACUCCAAUGAUUCGACAUAACAUGAACCAACCAGGGAAGUCACUUGGUGUCAUUGGACUUGGGGGAUUGGGUCACAUGGCAGUAAAAUUUGGGAAAUCCUUUGGACUGAAGGUCACAGUUUUUAGUACAAGUGAAUCAAAGAGAGAAGAAGCUAUCAGCCUUCUUGGUGCAGAUAAUUUUGUGAUAUCAUCAGAUAAAAAGCAGAUGGAGUCGCUGAAAAGUUCCCUGCACUUCAUUGUUGAUACUGCCUCUGGUAACCACCCGUUUGAUCCUUACCUCUCACUUCUGAAAGUUGGGGGUGUAAUGGCGCUACUUAGCUUUCCAGAAGAAAUCAGAAUUCACCCUGCAACUCUUAAUCUGGGCGCACGGACUUUGGCUGGAAGUGUAACUGGGGGGACGAAGGAUACCCAGGAGAUGAUAAACUUCUGCGCAGCAAACAAAAUCUACCCAGAUAUUGAGCUGAUAAAGAUAGACUACAUCAAUGAGGCUCUCGGGAGGCUUGUUAACCGGGAUGUGAGAUACCGCUUCGUAAUAGACAUAGAGAACUCUUUCAAGUAAUAUGUUAGCAGCUCGCACCUUUGGGUGAUGGUUAUUACUUAAAAAAGUUUGUGGUAUAAGUUUCAUCUUCUACAAAACGGUGGCUGAUAGGAGUGGGCUAUGUUUCAUGCCUGUGUACAGCUCCUCCUUUGUUCUGUUCGGUUCUGGUAACUUUAGUAAUAGCAUCUACCGUGCCAAACGAUUGCAGUAUUUUUCUAUAUAUAAAGUAAGGAUUUUAUUGCUCUU